AUGAAGUCAUUUACAGAUUUGGGCUUAUCUUUUGAAUUGGUGGAAGCUUGUGAAAAAAACCUGGUUUGGUAUGAUCCGACGAAGAUUCAGAGAGAAAUGAUUCCCCUUGCACUACAAGGAAAAGAUGAUGUGUUUGCAAUUUCCCCACCGCGUUCCGGUAAGGUUGGGGAUUUUGUUCUUCCUAUAUUGCAUACCCUCUUAGAAACCAGACCGAACCUAAACACUUUCUUUGCUUGUGUGCUAUCUCCUACAAGGCACCUUGGUGUUCAAAUUGCUGAAUACUUUUUUGCUCUAGGAUCUCAAUUUGGUGUCAAUGACGGUGCUAGUAGGGGAGGAUACUUAGAACAGGAGGAUGUCCGUAAGAUCCAAGGUUUUCGUCAACGAAUAUGUGAAGAUAAGCAGGUGCAUUCAGGUCAUAAAAUUCAUGAUUGUGAUGAAGUUGGAGAUAAGGAUGGAGUGAGCUAUGAAGACAUUGAAGAAUCAGAGCUAGACUAA